AGGCAACGACCCGUCUACUGGCACUGUCACGUGACCCCGCUUGACAGUCAAGGGUGUGUGCAGCCAUGUGAGGACAGACACUACUGCUCUGUAGGAGUUGAAGCUGAACGCGACAGGUUUCCGUGGCAAUACCUGGAUACUGAUGAUCAUACUGAAGGGACCGGACGGAAAGGAUUAAUUCACUGUGACGUAGGACUGAGGUGAAUAUGACGACUGUUCGUAUCAAGAAGAAGUUCCGUGUGUUGUUACUGCUCGGCGGUUUUAUGUUAAUCUUGCUGCUGCUGCUGAGUUGGAGUGGUUGCCCAUCCGGAGGGUGUGUCCGCCACACAGGCCCCUUCCUACAUCAACUGCCCCACCGUGAGUGGAGAAACACAACCCACAAGACCAUACUGCGGUGGACAGGCUUCUUUGGCGACAGUACGUGGGAGCAGUCAGAUGACAGAUAUUUUCAAAGGUGCAAAGUUAAGACGUGUAGAUUCACCCAGGACAAGACCAAAGUCAGUGACGCGGACGCUCUUUUGUUUCACGCUGGAUCGACGUUUAACUUCUGGCGGGGGAUUACGUGGCCAAGUGUUCGCCACCCGCACCAAGUGUGGAUCAUGUACAAUGUGGAGCCACCCCCAAGAACUCCUUUAAGCUUUGAAAAUUUAGCAGGUGUAUUCAACUGGACUGCGUGGUAUAGGCUUGAUUCGGAUGUGCCUGUGACAUAUGGUGGCAUUGUAAAGUAUGACACAGAUAUGUUAAAUAAGUAUUCAAAGUCAUCAAGAAACUUUUCUGCAGAAAGGCCAAGGCUGGCCGGCUGGAUGUCCAGCAACUGUUAUGACUUCAGUCGACGGCUUGUUCUCAUCAAUAAAAUCAAGCAACAUCUUCCAUUGGAAACAUACGGCAAGUGCGGGGUCCGGCGCUGCCCUGAAACCAUCUGCAGGGAUACCAUAUCUGUUUAUAAGUUUUUCUUUGCUAUAGAGAACUGUCUGUGUAAGGAUUAUGUGUCGGAAAAGUUCUGGGAGGCUCUGCGGCGUCAGCAGGUUCCUGUUGUCCUGGGGGGCGCUGACUAUCACAAGCUCGCCCCUCCCCACUCAUUCAUUAACAUCGCGGACUUCGCCGAUAUGAAGAGUCUCGGAGAUUACCUGCUGAGGCUGGAGAAGGAUGAACAAGCUUACAACAAGUACCUGGAGUGGACGAAGUCGUACGACGUAUAUGGGGAGUUGGAGGCACGGCGGUUGUUCUGGUGCGACCUAUGUGAGGCCCUCCACGACAAGACCCGGCCAGCACAGGUGUACGACAACCUAGAGGGCUGGGUGAACGAUGAACCCGAAUCAUGCCCUCAGUGGACGCUCGGCAACCAACUGGGACGGUGGCUGGACGGUGUGAAGAUCAAAUGGAACCUGAUGUGAUGCAUCAACCAACGGCUGGGACCCUAAUCAAAAUCGAUAACUGCAUUCACAUACCACCCUGACAUAUGGACAAUAGAAUUGGAAAAAUUGAAUUCAAGGGUUAUGUGAUUUGAAGAUGCCGUUCGUAUACAUAUGGAGGUAAUCCACGCCGUGUUACCAGCCGAAUCACCAUCAUGCGUUACUAACUGAAUAUAUAUCCUAGUAAUGCAAUAUGAAAGCUAGAUAUGAAAGACUUCCAUGAGUGAUGUGCUAUCAGAUGUCAACUCCACAACAAAUGGUAACAUAACAGGUAAAUAAUUCUAAAUGUGAUGAGGAAACCCACGAGAGACGAUAAGCCUUACUGAUGUCAGCUGAAUAUGCCAUAUCUUGUGGAUACCGACCAGAGACGAUAAGCCUUACUGAUGUCAGCUGAAUAUGCCAUAUCUUGUGGAUACCGACCAGAGACGAUAAGCCUUACUGAUGUCAGCUGAAUAUACCAUAUCUUGUGGAUACCGACCAGAGACGAUAUAAGUUACUGCUGUCAGCUGAAUAUGCCAUAUCUUGUGGAUACCGACCAGAGACGAUAUAUGUUACUGCUGUCAGCUGAAUAUACCAUAUCUUGUGGAUACCGACCAGAGACGAUAAGCCUUACUGAUGUCAGCUGAAUAUGCCAUAUCUUGUGGAUACCGACCAGAGACGAUAUAUGUUACUGCUGUCAGCUGAAUAUACCAUAUCUUGUGGAUACCGACCAAAGACGAUAUAUGUUACUGCUGUCAGCUGAAUAUACCAUAUCUUGUGGAUACCGACCAGAGACGAUAUAUGUUACUGCUGUCAGCUGAAUAUACCAUAUCUUGUGGAUACCGACCAGAGACGAUAAGCCUUACUGCUGUCAGCUGAAUAUACCAUAUCUUGUGGAUACCGACCAGAGACGAUAUAUGUUACUGCUGUCAGCUGAAUAUACCAUAUCUUGUGGAUACCGGCCAGAGACGAUAAGCCUUACUGAUGUCAGCUGAAUAUGCCAUAUCUUGUGGAUACUGACCAGAGACGAUAUAUGUUACUGCUGUCAGCUGAAUAUACCAUAUCUUGUGGAUACCGGCCAGAGACGAUAUAUGUUACUGCUGUCAGCUGAAUAUACCAUAUCUUGUGGAUACCGACCAGAGACGAUAUAUGUUACUGCUGUCAGCUGAAUAUACCAUAUCUUGUGGAUACCGGCCAGAGACGAUAAGCCUUACUGAUAUCAGCUGAAUAUACCAUAUCUUGUGGAUACCGACCAGAGACGAUAUAUGUUACUGCUGUCAGCUGAAUAUACCAUAUCUUGUGGAUACCGACCAGAGACGAUAUAUGUUACUGCUGUCAGCUGAAUAUACCGUGCCUUGUGCUCACCAGCUACAUGGUGGCGUGUGGUCAAUGUGACACUGAGAUACAGUUUGAAUGAGCUGUGCAGAUAGCGAAAUGAAAUGUGUUGACAUCCUUGACACCUCUGCUUUUGACUUGAACCAUGAAUGUGAUAUGGUGUAACAAUUUCUGUAGAAGCUAUUAAUUGUACUUUCCUGUUGACAGAAAGGCAUUACAAAUAGCAAUGCUCACACUGCCUGUCUAUACUGCAAAACAACACAGUAACACAGUGCCUUGUAAGCUGUAUCUUUAUAUCAAAUUUUCCCAUAUCCAUAUACGUAUAUGUGAAUGAUUUUUACAGAUUAAAAUAUGAAAUGUAA